UGUAGGUAUUUUGUAUUGUAGUUUGUAACAAGUGGUGCUCUUGCUUUGUGUAUCAACGGAUUUUUACCCAAGCAACAAGAGGAAACCCUGCUAUUGGUCUUGAAUAUUAUCAAGAGAAUGGUUUCACCGCAGUUGAAAGAAGAAGAUAUUCCCGAGUUGCAGGAAGAUGCACACUCAGCUUUGAGUCUAUUUGAACGAGAUUUCCCCCUCUCCAUGCAGAAUCUGGUCACUCAUUUGCUGCAUCAUGUCGUGGAUGGCUUCCCCACCUUUGGUCCUCUGUAUGGGAGAUGGCUCUUUCCUUAUGAAAGGGCCAAUGGAUGGAUUAAUAGACAGUGUUUAAAGAAAGGAGCUGAAGAAGCAACUGUGAUGGAGACAUAUGUUGUGAGUACUUGUGUUAUGAUCAGACUUUUGAUCCUCCAAGUUUUAUGAAGGCAGGAUGAGUGUUCAUUAUUGAGAGAGCAGUUUGAUUGCAGUAUUAAGGAGGCUGGAUAGUCAACAAAUUAUCUGUCUGAUUCUUCAUAAAAUCUAAAUGUAAAUUUUUCUACAAAAAAUUAUUAUAUAGUAGUUAAAAGGAAAACCAAUAUUUUAGCUUUAAAAUUUGAACAUUUUUCGCAUUCUUUAUUUUUUAUUAGAACUCUCUGUUUAAUUAAAGAGGAUUUAUUUAUUUGAGAUAUAACAGGAGUUAAUAGAGUUCAUUGACAAUGUUGAGUUGGA